CCAAAGAACAAAACAUUUUGUCUUGUGUGUUUGUCAGCUUAGCACACAAUGAGGAACGAAAUCUGUUCAUUGGCGUUUGUCCGGGCAGUCUUUGCAGAAUUUUUGGCCACAAUGAUAUUUGUUUUUUUGGGAAUGGGCUCCGCUCUUAGCUGGAAACCAUCCCUGCCUAACGUUCUGCAGAUCUCGCUAGCUUUUGGCCUUGCCAUCAGUACGUUGGUGCAGGCUUUUGGCCACAUUAGUGGAGCCCACAUUAACCCAGCCGUCACUAUAGCAUUUCUGAUUGGGUGUCACAUUUCUUUUCUACGUGCCCUUUUUUAUAUCAUUGCUCAGCUGGUGGGGGCAAUAGCAGGAGCCGCUAUUGUGAGUGCAAUUGCACCUCUCGAUGCCCGUGGAAACCUAGCCAUAAACGAGGUAACCAAUGGAUCCCCUGGGCAGGCAUGUGCCGUGGAGCUCUUUCUGACAUUCCAGCUAGUUCUAUGCGUCUUUGCCUCAACAGAUAGUAGAAGAAGCGAUAAUGUGGGGUCACCAGCUAUAUCCAUUGGUCUUUCUGUUACUGUGGGACACCUACUGGGGAUCUAUUUAACCGGCUGCUCCAUGAAUCCUGCGAGAUCCUUUGGGCCGGCAGCAAUCACAGGAAUCUUUACAGAUCACUGGGUAUUUUGGAUCGGACCCCUCGUUGGAGGAAUUCUGGCAUCUCUCUUUUACAAUUAUAUCUUCUUCCCCCACAAAAAAUCCCUUUCAGACCGGCUUGCCAUCCUGAAAGGUACAUAUAAGCCCGAUGAGCCCUGGGAUAACAAACAAGAGCAAAAGAGGCAAUCUGUGGAGCUUUACUCAGCCCAUCCACUGCCCAAAGUCAUAGACAAGUUCUGAGCCUGCAAGAAAAAACAUGGAGAUCAACCCACUGUUCUCUCGAUUGGUCCAAUGAUUGCAAAUCAAUGAAUGGAUCACCAAAUCCAAGUAUAAUACAUACAUGCACAUAUGGGAGACAGUAAGAACUAUUUAUUCAAUGGUUAAUAUUUCCAGAAUAUAAAUGAGUAAUGUGUGAUAAGACACCCAUUUACUUAUGUUAGGAUGUUUGACUGCCAUGUGUCCUGUAAUUUUGCUCACCUUUAAAUAAGAAGGAAAGGUAAAAUAAAUGGGGGGGGGUAUCAAGUUGUAAGGUAACGUCCAUUGAUCCUGGUUGUUUUACUGUUGCCCCAGGCUGGGGUACUGUUCACUGUUUCUUCUUAUCUCACAAGCCAACUGGGUGGUGUCUGGAAGACCAGGAGAAGAAGGCUGCAUGGGUCCCAGCAAACAGUACCCUGGGCUAACAACCUUUCACCACCUUUUCCUUCUCCCUUAAAAAUUCACUUUAUAUCCUUCUGCAACAUAUUUUGUGCAAGAUACAUAGCAAAUACACACACUAACUGCAGCAGAUUAUUCAUAUAUUGUUUAUAUUUAUAUAUGCUAGUGUGAACUUCGGGAAAAUGAACAAAGUGUUUAACAGAAUGUAAAGAAGUCCAUGUUAUGAGAGAGUAAUCCUAAAUAUCUGUAAAUAUUGUAUCUUUAAAGAAACCAUAGUGAAUGUCAGGCAGUGUAUACAUUUUUGUAUUUUAUUGUAAAAGAGAGUACAAAUAUAUAACAAACGGCAGGCAAAUGGGUGGUUAUUUAUGGCAGGACUGUAUAGGCGCCAUUAUUAGCUGCUCAUUUGCACAGUUCCGACAAUUCCAUGACAGAACCCAUGUUAUGUACUAUGACAUUUCAGGAAAACAGAAUGCUUUGUUACCUCAAUGCCAUAUGCUAUGAUAUUCACUUGGGUAACAUUCAUGUACAUAUGUUCAAUGUGUGCAAAACAGUUCUUGGUAGCAAGGCUGAUGCUUUCUAUAUUUAUACUCCGGCUAUGAAGAAUGUGUCAUUUUUUUCUAACCAAUAAACACAUAUAUGUACAGUUUA